AUGGACUUUGAUUUCUUGGAGCUUGUAUUUAGUGUUGUGUCCCAAAGGUUGUGCACCUCUGAUAACUUUGCUCACUGCCAUUACUUUGUACAAGCGUCUCAACUUGGCUCACUGCCAUUACUUUGUACAUACGUCUCAUCUGUUGCUCAAAAGCUUAACAAGUCAUCCCAUGAGUUUCAGUUUCUUUUGUUCAACUACCUCAUUAUGGUGCAAUUUGUAAACCCAAAUAGCUUGAACAUUAAAUCUAACAGCUUUAUUAUCAAAUCUUAUAGCUUUAUUAUCAAAUCUAAUAGCUCAAUCAUCAAAUCAAAUAGCCUA